UGUUGUGACUAGAAAUAGCUGGAAAUAGCUACGAGAAAUAGGUAGAAAAAGAAAAUAGAGAAUAAUUUUAAAUUCGCAACUGUGAUUCGCAAAUCAUAGUAUAAUACAAUAUUCAUGUUAUAAGUAUUCAUGUAGUAUUCAUACAAUUCAGCAGUAGGUGAUACUUUACGAGGUUAUGACUAAAAUAAUGUUUUCUACGUAAGGUACACAUACAAAUUAAUAAACAUAUUCUAAGAUUUUUUAUAGGGAUUAACAAUAAUCAUCAUUAUUGGUACCUAAUUAUUGAGCGAUCAUGAUACCACCAGUUGAACCAAGUAAAGAAGAUUGUUGCAAUAGUGGUUGUAAUCCUUGUAUUUUUGAUAUAUAUGAAAAGCAGUUGAAAUUAUACGAAAAGUUAAAAGAUAGCAAUAAAAAUGUUGAAAAGGAAAAUGACAAUGGUAUUUUACAGCUGGAGUAUACAGUAUUUGUUGUUACUGAAAUUUUUAAUGUAUGCACUUCACACAAGAUAAUAAAAUUCAAACGAAAAGUAGAUGGUCAUAGAGUCUGGUGGAAGCCUGGUGAUCAUUUUUUCGUUUUAUACAAAUCAAAGAGUAUGAAGUGCUCACGAGCAUACACUCCAAUAAAAUUAAAGCAACAAGAGUUUAACAAUUUUGAUUUCUCUAUUAUUGUCAAGAAAUAUUCCAAUGGCUUAGUAUCCAAUUAUUUAUUUAAUUUAGUGGAGGGAGAUUUAACAUAUUGGAGAGGACCUUGUGAUUCUUAUGAAGUUACACCAAAUAAGUAUAAUAAUAUAAUUAUGGUAGCACAAGGGACAGGCAUUGCACCUUUUAUGUCUAUAAUAGAAAGCAUUUUACUGAAUGAAGAUGAUCUAACUAAAAUUAUUUUAUACUUCUGCUGUCAAUCUAUGGAAACAAUUUUAUUCAGAGAGGAAUUAUAUGCAUAUAAAUCUUAUUGGAAUUUUAAAUACGAAGUUUACUUGAGUCAAUGCUUGUUGGAAGUUGAUAUGAAAUAUGAAGAACCUAUUAUAAACAGACGUCUUAACUUUGAAGAUAUAAAACAAUUCCCUCAAAUAAACAAAAAUCAAUAUUUGGUCUGUGGAUCUAGUGCUUUUAUGGAACACUUUAGAAGUCAAUUUUUGUUGCAAAAUGUACCCUCUGAAAACAUAAAAUUGUUUUGAGUACAUGUAAAAUAAAGUGGAGUCAAUCCUUUCAAUAAACUUGAUGUAUAUUUAUAAUCAACAACCAACUACAGAUAAAGAAAGUUUGAGAAAAACUUCACUGGCAAAAUAAUAUUUAGAAAAAUAUAGAAGAUUUUUAGAGGUUCAAUGGGUUGGCAAAUGCUCUAGGUCCAAAUAAUGUACUUCAAGUAUAUAUCAACAGAACAUUGGCAUAAAAUAGACAUUGAUUUUGGACACUGGAUGAAUCAUUGCAGAAUAUAUUAUGAAAAUUACCUUUUUUUUAAAUGUAAUGUUGCUUAACUGUGGACUUCAUAUGUGACUAAAUGCAUUGAGAAACCUGCACCCUCUUCGAGACUAAACAGUCGGAACAAAAAUACCUGUGUACUUACACAGUUUGUGAUGUAUAAUGUACAAUCCUGCAUUGGUAUGCUGGCCAAGUUUUGAACUAUCAAAAAUAAUAAAUUUUCGAAACAUUUAUUACUGAUACUUGUACAGUUUUUUAAUUUUAAUUCUUUUCCUUUUUUUCGAGAGUUAAAAAAUACAUUUAAUAUAAUUUGGUAACUUAAUAAAUCUGUUCUGAGUCUUGACCAUCUUUGUAUAUCAGUGAUCAGUCUAAUGCUUUACCUACUCAAUUAAGUGAAAAAGAAUGUUUAAAUCCCAUCGUCCACCACGGCAUAAGAAAAUAGUUUGAAUGCCAGCUAGUAAAUUGUACUAAUAAAUGUCGCAGGCAAAUUAUAUUAUAACGCCGUUUAGAAACGCUCGACAUAGGGUAAUUGCGCCAGUUCGCGUCCACUUAGUGCAGUUGGAAUGUUUGAAGGAGAAAAUAAAAAUGUUCCAGAACAAAUUUCAACGCAAAAUUUAUGAAACGUGUUCAUUACA